GCCUGUGUGGAGCUUUGUGCUGGGGCGGUGAGUUGCCCGGAGUGGAUCGACUGGAAUCUGAUUGGCGGUCGGAAAAAUGUACCGUCUUCGCGGGCAGACACCCACAAGGAGACUGGGCGGGACUUCGGAGAGAGGAGGCGGGGCUCCUGGGGUUAGGGCGCGAGCAGUUGAAAGGUAGUUGGUGUCGGUUCCGCUCGGCUCGGAUUCGGCAGCCCCAGCACUUCAUGGCAGACCCCGAGGAGAUGCGGGUUUCUUCGCAGCCCCCGCCGCCUUCCUUCUCUCCCUCGUCUUCUGACGCCUCUUCACCAUCUCCCCGCGGCGGCCCAGUGAGUUUGGACUGGCCAGUUCCAAGCAGGAGCAGCGGCCGAACGGUGGACCGGCUGGAGGAAGUGGAGCUGCAGAUCGGAGACGCAGCAUUUUCAUUAACCAAACUUCUUGAAGCCACAUCUGCAGUAUCAGCUCAAGUGGAAGAGCUUGCCUUGAAAUGUACGGAAAACGCACGUUUCCUUAAAACAUGGCGGGACCUCUUGAAAGAAGGCUACGAUUCUUUGAAGCCUGACAACUGAUUUGACUGUAGAAAAACUUAUGCUUCCUCUUUUAUGAUAUUUUCACAUGUACUAUAUGUAUAGGAUAAUCUCCAGUAGUUCUAUAUACUAAAAAUGAAAUUUUUCUUGGUUUUCUUCACUUUUGUGAAAGCAGAAUACUGUUAUUUUUGAUGCUGGCUAGUAUUUGUUUACCUUAAGUACUUUGUCUAAACUUUCAUAAAGUUUAUGAAAGUUGAUUUCAUCAGUAGAUAAUACCACAGUGUUACCAGGAGCAACCUAGGUAGAACAUUAUUCAAUUUACAAGAAGAUGCCAAGAAUGGCAGCAUUUGAAGUUGAGCUUCAUUUUUAUGGUCCAAGGAAGGUAACUUUAAGGUUAGUAAUAUUAGAUCUAGCUCUAUUAGUCUAAGUUCUCUAUAACCAACCACUAUAUCUUAUUUACUUCCAUAUCUCCAGCACCUAGAACAGUGUCACGUAAAAGAGUCAACCUCAUUGACUUGAAGGAAAAAAAAAAAUUUUUUUUAAUGGGGAUUUGAACUUUAACUGAUAACAGCUUUUUAAAAUGUAUUUUUUGCCCUUCUAUGAUGCUUUUUAAAAAAGGCUUGUACUUCAGAAAAUGAAAGCAUAUAUAGAAAGAAUUUUCCCCCUAUUUAUUUCUAAGAUUAACUGCUUCUACAAAUAUUUUUUG